AUGACUAGAAAUGGAGUGAAACAGCAGCCGGAGGGGUGGCAAGGAGGCAUGGUGGUGCGCGAAACGGUGCUUGGUUGGCCGGUGAUUCGACUGGGUGGAUGGGAUGGCUGGCUGGAUAGGGAAUGUAACAAAGAAUUAAUUAAUUAA